AUGCUGGAGGCAGACUCAGACCCCGGUGCUUCUGUGCCUGGGGAAGGGGAGAUGGAUGUGGGGAGCAGAGACCUGCAGUCUGAAGUGCUGCGGCUGAGCCUUGAGCUUCAGGAGGCCACAGAGGAGAAACUACAGGCUGCUCGAUAUGGCCUAGUGGUCCUGGAGGAAAGCGCUGCCCUGAAGAUAAAGCACAGGCAGCUGGAAGAAGAGCAUGAAAUCCUGAGAGUGGAGCUUCAACAGUUAAGAGAGGCGUUUGCAGACUCUGUAAGCAGCCAAAAGCGCGCAGCUGCAGAUGGAGAGUGCCGUGAGGAGAACUUGCUGCAGGAAACUGCCUCCAAGGAGGCUGCCAUGGCAACCCGCAUGGAGGAGAUUCAGGCAGAACUGAAACAGACUCGACUCGCUCUGGGUAACGCGCACGCUGAAAUAGACCGACUGGCCGUCCUGUCCUCUCAUUUAAAAAAGCAGUGUGAAUGUCUGGAGGCAGAGAAAGGCCACCUGAGAGACGAGAUGAAGGAGUUUAAAGUCAGAGAACUGCGUCAGCUACAGGACACUGGUGAACUAGAGGAAGAAAACACAUCGUUACAAAAACAGGUUUCUGUGCUGAAGGAGAACCAGGUGGAGUACGAGUCCAUGAAGCUGGAGCUGAGCCACAAGAACGAGGAGCAGGAAGAUCUGAAGGCGCAGCUGGACGAGGCGGCGCGGCUGAAGGAGAUUGCGGAGCGGCAGCUGGACGAGGCCCUGGAGGCUCUGAGUGAAGAGCGGGAGCAGAAGAACUGUCUGCGCAGAGAGCUGUCGGCCCUGACCCUCAACCCCUUUGAAUCCAACCUGGAGCUGCACCUGGAGCGCCUGGAGGAUAGUCCUGAGGAGGGUCAGGGCGGAGAGGUUGAGGGAGAAGAGCAGGACUCUGUCUUUAACAACAGUCCUGGUUCUGCUCCCGGUUCUGCUCACCCUCCUCACUCUGGAGGCUCCAAGAGUAAUGGCCUCGUCCGCCGCUCAGGGCCACGCCGAGCCCCAGCCUCAGGCCUCGUGUCUGACCUCCUAAGCGAGCUGCACUUUUCUGACAGUCAGAAACUAAAACAGCAACUUUUACAGGUAGAACGAGAGAAGUCUAGCCUGAGCAGUAAAGUGGAGGAGCUGCAGAUGCAGCUGGUGAUGUCCAAACAGGCUCUGAGUCAGCACGAGGACAAAGUGGAAGCUCUCAGCCGAGAGUUGGAGGCAGUGAAGAACGGCACACGUCCCAACACAGAGGGACAUAAUGAGUCUGAGAAUGGAGAAGUCUUUGACUAUGAAGUGGAUACAAAGAGUAAGGAAGUGCUGGAAGCCAGGAUGCGAGCGUCCAGUGAAGAACUGUUAAAACUCCGAGAUGAGCUUUCUCAAGCAGAAGCUCGAUACAACACAUUAGAACAGAGAUACAAGCAGGAGAAGGAGCGCUGGAGGUCCGAGGCCCAAGAGCUCGCCGACAAGAUCCGGCAGUGCAUCAAGUCCAGUAAACAAGACCAGGAGCGCAUCACGGAGCUGGAGAAGGAGAUCGGGGCGACCAGGAAAGUAGCUAUAGAUUCAGAGGGGCAUUUGAGCGUGGCCCAGGAGGAGCUGCUGGCCUUCUCAGAGGAGCUGUCCAACCUCUAUCACCACAUCUGUGUUUGCAACAACAUCACACCCAAAAGAGUGACUCUGGAUUACUACAGAGGAGGUGGGGGCAGCGGGCGGAGGCUCGCCCACCCUCAGCACAGUGUCCAGAAGAAGAGGCCGGAUGAGACCUUCAUCUCCAAAGCCGCUGCACUGCAGUUCAUGGGCGAGGUGGACAGCUGCGGGGCCAGUGGAGAAUCCUCCAGCUGCCCAGGGUCUCCCACCCUCGACUUCAGGGACCCUUCAAACGUCCGCAACCUGGUGGCCGUCAUACGCUGCCAAAUCAAGCACCUUCGGGUGGCAGUGGAUGUGUGUCGUCAGAGGGGGGCGAUGCCGUACUCUGGGCUCAGUGCCAGUGUGGAGGCUGAGCGCGACUCAGAGAGCCUGAUGGAGGAAGUACUGAAACUCAAGUCUCUCCUCAGCACCAAGAGAGAGCAGAUCGCUACUUUGAGAACAGUCCUCAAGGCCAACAAGCAGACUGCGGAGCUGGCUUUGUCCAAUCUGAAAACAAAGUACGAGACGGAAAAGGGCAUGGUGUCAGAAACCAUGGUGAAACUGCGGAAUGAACUCAAAGCUCUCAAAGAAGAUGCUGCCACCUUCUCCUCACUCCGAGUCAUGUUCGCCAGUCGGUGUGAUCAGUAUGUCACUCAGCUGGACGAGAUGCAGAGGCAGCUGGCAGCAGCAGAGGAUGAGAAGAAGACCCUGAACUCUCUGCUGCGGAUGGCCAUUCAGCAGAAACUGGCACUGACGCAGCGUCUGGAGGACCUGGAGGCCCCCAUGUCUCCUCACAGUCUGAACAGCAGUCCGCGCCGCUCCCGCACUAAGGAGCUGGCCACAAAGUCUGGCCGUGCCCCACGCAGUCCCAGAGGAAGCCCUGGACGGCCCCCAGCGAGAAGCAGCCCUAGAGCCAGUCCUGUCCCCGGCAGCAGUGUCCCAGCCAUGGCCACUCACCACCUCCGAGCUCUGACCCGGAGUCUGCACACAAGCCCACGCUGA